AUGCACCUCUUGGUCUUCGUUGACCAAAAAUGUGGAGUACUGCUCAAAGCAAUUUUGUGUGCUUCACUUCUGUUUUUGGAGGCCCAUAACCUUCACCUCACACAUUCAAUUGCUACAUCGGAUGACUUCUUUGGAUUCAAGAGGCAGAAGCUGGACGAAGACACUGUGGAUCCACUCGGCUCUGUGAGACCAACUGACUAUGAGAAGACCAGAAUUUAG